AUGAACGGCAUGAGUGGAUCUUCUCAGGCACCUUCACCAUCAUCGUUCUUCCAACAUCAUCGCCGCCAUCACGGCGGCAUGAUGCAUAUGACCUUUUUUUGGGGGAAAAACACGGAGGUUCUUUUCGAUGGCUGGCCAGGGACCAGUCUGACAAUGUAUUGCCUCUGUCUCCUAGCCAUUUUCGCUAUUUCAGCGAUCUCAGAGUGGCUAUCGCGGUGCGGCUUCAUGAAACCUGGUCCGGCUUGCUUCGGGGGCGGGUUAGUUCAGACGGUGGUUUACACCGUGAGGGCUGGUUUGUCUUAUUUGGUCAUGUUGGCUGUGAUGUCGUUCAAUGGAGGAGUCUUCUUGGCUGCAAUGGCUGGUUUUGGAUUAGGGUUUAUGAUUUGUGGAAGUAGGGCUUUUAGGGACACUAGUAGUGACAGUCACACCGAGGUUCAGUCACAUUGUUGA